GAGUUCACCAAAAGAGUUGACACUGUGACAAGGGGGAGAUGUGUUUGGUACAACACAAUAAUGCAGAGUAUAAAGAUGGAUUGGAAGACUACAUAGUCUGUUCCCAUGAUGUAGUCUGAAGCUUGGUAUUGGUCAGCAGAUGUGCUUUAGAGUUUGGGAAGAAUGAACAAGGAGCAAGUAUUGACGGACCUAUAACUGAAUCAUUUGGAAAACCUAUCAUCACAGAUGACUGCAGUUUGCUUUCGUGACUCAAGUCCACGACAUUAACUGGAGUGAUUGUAAACUGUGCAGAAGAUAAUUUUAAUAAUAACAGGGAUUUAGAUUGCAUCAAUUUCGAAGGCAAAUGUUGACUCUAACCAGCGUCUGUUUCACUUGACCAGCAGUAGGAUGAUACUUCGGCGAAUUGGUGUGCCGCACGUAACAGAAAGCAUAUCUACUUUAUCAGGGGAUAUUGUGAUUUCAAAUGCGGACAGUAAUGACUGUGAUGACGCCAUUGAAGACUUGUCUGACUGGCAUCUAGAGUUUUUGCUCAUUUCUGUAGCUGUGUGCCUCAUUGGUGCAUUAUUAGUCAACCCCUUGAUAAUUUUCAUCAUUUUGUUGAAGAAUAAAUUUCGGCAGGAGACAAGAUAUCUGCUCCUAGCCAACCUCAUGCUUUCAGAUCUUGUUUUCCUAUGCUUGAAUUCUUGUGUGUCUAUUAGCAAUGGAGCUCACUGGCAUAUGCCAAUGUUGCUUUGUGACUUCUUCAUUGCAGCUCUAACCAUAUGUUAUUGUAGUGCUAUCCUCACCAUCACACUCAUGGCUAUUGAUACCUUCCUGGCUGUUAGCUUGCCUCUUCGUUACAUUUCACUCAUGCCCCCUUCAAGGACCAUAAAACUUUUGAUUGUUAUUUGGGUGGUUGCCUCGGUUUAUCCAAUCUUUCUCCUAGUAGUAAUCCUGGUGGUUGAAUCCUACCCUGAGAUGAACCAUCAAUCAUGCCUCCUGCCUCUAGCCCUGGAUUCGAAAACCCUUGGCAAUGGGUUGGUAAUAAGCAUUCACAUCUUCCUGGUAAGUGGUGCUUUGGUGUGUUUAGCAGUGAUAAUCUAUUGUUAUGUCAUGCUCUACUAUAACACAAAGAGAUCGGGGAUUUGGGACAACCUGUACUCCAGGGCGCGAGUAACAUUGUUGAUUCACACUACUUUGUUCUUUCUCUACUUUGCACCUGGUUUAUUUUUUGCCAUUGAGUUAAUGAUCAACAAGAAAAACAGACUUGAUGACCGUACAAGAGUAUGGCUGAGCUCUGUUAACAGUGAAGUCUUCAUGAUGCUGCCACGGAUGUUAUGCCCUUACUUGUAUGGGCUGAGAUACAGAGACAUAGCAAAGAGAAUCAAGAGGUCAUUCUUGGUAAAACAACAUAGUGUGCGUUCAAUGAACGCAUGGUACAUUUCAGGCCAUGGGGAUUCUCAAUAGAGCUGAUCAUUAAGCUAUCCCCUCAUCGUAUGGCUGACCCGAAGUUUGGAACAGCCUUGAAGAUCUGUUUGAGGACUUCAGGUGGAAAGAUUAUUGCCCAAACCUGCUUGAGUUUUUUUCGGUUGUCAAGAUGAUAUGUCCGUUUCCUUUUUUUUGUUUAUAUACAGUAUACGUCAACUAUUUUUCUUGCAAAGUUAGAUAGUGCUGUAUCUCCGCCACUCCACGUGCAAAGGAUAUUUCCUGUCGCCUCUGUCUCGCUGUUGUAAUCGCUAUGAGUUGGGUAGUCAUUACAAUGGUUUUAAAUGGGAACUAAUGGGAAAGCUGAGAGACCUAUGCACUCCUAUUCCCUUUUCAUGUAGGAAGAGGCGUUGGCAGUUGUCUCUGUUGCCAAUUGGGUGAUGGGACUUCCUAGUUACCUCUUGUUGAAGAGUGCCAGUACUUAGGUUAAUUCCCUGCGUAUGUGACUGGUUGUAAAGUUGAUCAUGCAUUUGAUGUCUCGUUUGAUUCUUGCGCUUGGAUGACUGUACUGUUUGUGAAAGGUUUAAAUAAAAAGCUUUUGAAGAA